AUAUAUAUAUAUAUAUAUGUACAGUAUAUAUAUAUAGGCUGUGGGGUAUGCAGUGGACCUCCUCAUGGGAUGUGAAAACUCAUUCCAGUCCCCCCGAUACUAAAGGUCGUGCUGUGCUGUGUAAUCCUUUAGGAUAAUGGAGAAGCGAAGAAACGGCUGCGAUAUGGCCCGACACCUACAUGCAUUGUGGGUAGAAAUGUUUUGUAAUGCUUUUGGGGAAAAAACAUUAAGCAAUAAGUCACAGGAGACUCACAGCAGAACAUACAAAGAGGACAAAGAGAUGGAGGCGGGAUGGAGCGAUAGAGGGUCGUAAAUUUAGUACAUUUCAUUAGACUUAUUACUGCCACAUGCAAAACGUACACACAAACACGACAAAGUGACGCACAUUAUACACGUGUGUUUACAUAACCGCUGGAACAGCAGUGCUGCAGAUUAAAUUCUAUAUUAAGACUCUGUGGGCGUUGUCCUCAGCCCUUUAUGUUCACUUCAGAGAGAGAGAGAGAGAGAGAGAGAGAGAGAGAGAGAAGGACAGGAGUGCUAAAUAACAGGUAGAGUCUAAUAAUGCAGUGUUAAUGAAACUGAAAGCUUCCAGUGGUUCAGAGCUGCAGCUGGAGAUUUGAGGAACUCAUUUCAUGGAGAAAAUGGCAGGGUGAGAGAAAAAGUGUGAGAUGGACUGAGAAACAUGAUGAGACAAAAACACCCUGCUGCAAUCCAUCGUACUGAAGAUCCACUCUUUAAUAUGUGCAACCUCAGGACAAAGGGUUCUUCAAGGGUUCUUUGAGUUCUUGUGUAAUUUAGGGUUUUAGCUCACUCUUCAUGAGGUACUUCAGGAGGCUUUUUUGGGAUAAUUAAAGAUUCUGGGCUUCUUUAACCUGAACAAAACAAAAAAACACAAUCCACGACUAAGAAUUCCACAGAUUUGUUAUAUUAUUGUGUAAUGUAUAUUAUAGGUUCUCCUAAAACCUUCUUUGAUACAGAAAUUCAUCACAGAACAUUGAAGUCUUCCUCCAUAAGGACAAACUGCAUGACGUCAGAGAGCCGUAGUAUUAGAUUUGACCUUUUUUCCCCCAGAAGUGAUUCAUGACAGCUGGUGUCAUGUUUAAUUAGCAAGCUAGCUCUUAAACAAGUGGAUCUAUAAACGCAUCCUAUUCAGCCGCUCAUGUGAUGAAGCGCCUACACACUUCUGAGUCGACACGUGUGGCCUUUUUGUUGGGGGUUUAAAUGACAGACUUUCUGAAUUUGCCCUGACCCCCAGACCUCGUUAGGUAAAAGUGCACACAAUGACAUUUACAGCAACGAUUUACAGUCAUCACCUUAAUAGAUGAUAGCACCGAGCUGCUCAGAGUUCUGCACUGUGAUUGGUGGAACAGCAGCUCCGAGUCCUGCAGCUGCAAAUCACAGGUCCGUAUUAAUAAUAUGCGCCCGCUCUGAUACAUCAGGGGUUCUAUAGAAACAGCUUAUUGACAGAUGUGGUGAGAUAUGACAUGGUGAAGUUUUCUGCAAGGAGAUGACUUAUCUGGAAGGAGUCUCCAGUGCCAGCACUUUGGAUCAGUCAGAGGUGAAUCUUCAGGACAGAGGAGUUUACACGUCUUCCCAGUUUCUCAGUCACAUGACAAGCUGCAUUUUUUUAGGAUGCAUUGCUGCAGCUGGCAUCUAUUGUUGAUGCCAGCAGUCUCCGGGCGGCCAUUAAAGACACACUGGAGGCUGUGCUGCCAAAAGUGGAGAGCGUGUUUGUGUAUCUGCUGGAGGCCGAGUCUCAGAUGCGAUGUGAAGAUCCACCUCAUGACCUUCAUGCAGAAGGCAAGCUCAGGGAGGUGUUGGUGCAGAAGAAGAGAGCGGUGUGUGUCGGUCUGCCAUCCACAGAGCUGCAGGAGAAGCAGAGGACAAGCCUGGCAGCACCUCUCCCACCUGAGAAGCGAGUUGUGAUCCUUCCACUGGUGGAUGAGGAUGAAGACAAGGUCAUGUCUCUUGUUUUGGUCUGCUGCCACCAGCUCACUGACCAGGAUGAGCAGAACCUUAAUACUCUGGAGAAACAUCUCAUUGUUGCGUGUAAAAGAGUCCAUAUGAUACAGAGGAGUGUGACGCAGACUGCAACCCAAUCCCACAAUGCAGCUCUCAGUGCGAACACCACAAACAAGAAGGAGAAAGACUACAGAGAGCUGGACCGCAAGAUUCUGCAGCUCUGUGGUGAGCUGUAUGAUCUGGAUGCGGCAUCACUUCAGCUCAAAGUUAUCAGCUAUCUACAGAAAGAGACCCAGUCUCAGUGCUGCUGUCUGCUGCUGGUGUCUGAGGAUAACCAUCAACUAUUCUGUCAGGUGGUUGGAGAUAAAGUUCUAGAAGAAGAGAUCAGUUUUCCUCUGAUGUUCGGACGAUUUGGGCAGGUGGUGGAGAAAAAGAAAUCCAUCACCUUGCAGGAUGUUAGCCAGGAGGAGAGAAGGCAGCUCAACACUAUGUUGGGGUUUGAAGCUCACUCCAUGCUGUGUGUGCCCGUUGUGAGCCAGGCUACUACCCAGGUGGUGGCGCUAGCAUGCGCUUUUAACAAGAAGGGAGGGCAGAAAUACUCAGCAGCAGAUGAACACAUGAUCCAGCACUGUUUCUGUUACACCUCCACGGUGCUCACCAGCACACUUGCCUUCCAGAAGGAGCAGAAGUUAAAGUUUGAGUGUCAGGCUUUACUUCAAGUGGCCAAAAAUCUCUUCACACACCUCGACGAUGUGUCAGUCCUGCUUCAGGAGAUCAUCGUGGAGGCUCGGAACCUGAGCAACGCUGAGAUUUGUUCAGUGUUCCUCCUCGACCGUGUCAGUCAUGAACUUGUGGCCAAAGUGUUUGAUGGUGGCGUAGUGAACGAUGAUGAGAAGGAGUUCCGUAUCCCAGCAGAUCAGGGCAUCGCUGGUCACGUGGCCACUACAGGAAAAAUCCUCAACAUAAAGGAUGCGUACUCGCACCCGCUGUUCUACCGCGGCGUGGACGACAGCACGGGGUUCCGCACACGCAACAUACUCUGUUUCCCCAUCAAGGACGAGAACGGAGAUGUUAUUGGUGUUGCUGAGCUGGUGAAUAAGACCAAUGGGCCGUGGUUUAACCGGUUUGAUGAGGACCUGGCCACGGCCUUCUCUAUCUACUGCGGCAUCAGCAUCGCCCAUUCCCUGCUGUAUAAGAGGGUACACGAGGCUCAGUUCCGCAGUCACCUGGCCAAUGAGAUGAUGAUGUACCACAUGAAGGUGUGUGAGGAGGAAGUCAGCCGCUUGCUAAUGAGAGGAAUACAACCUGUACACAGCGUUCACCCGAGCUUCUCUCUGUUCACCUACACUCCCCGCUCCCUGCCUGACGACACCACGCCCACGGCAAUCCUGAGCAUGUUUGAGGAUAUGGGCUUCAUAAAUACCUAUAAGAUUGACAUUCAUACUCUGGCCAGGUUCUGUCUGAUGGUGAAGAAGGGCUACAGGGAUCCACCCUACCAUAACUGGAUGCAUGCAUUCUCUGUCUCUCACUUCUGUUACCUGCUUUACAAGAACCUGGAGCUCAACAACUACCUCGAGGACAUUGAGAUCCUCGCUCUCUUUGUGUCCUGCAUGUGCCAUGAUCUGGACCACCGAGGAACAAACAACUCCUUCCAAGUGGCCUCGAAAUCUGUUCUGGCAGCCCUUUACAGCUCUGAGGGAUCAGUUAUGGAGAGACAUCACUUUGCUCAGGCCAUCGCCAUCCUGAACACACAUGGCUGCAACAUCUUUGAGAAGUUCUCCAGAAAGGACUACCAGAGGAUGCUGGACCUGAUGAGAGAGAUUAUUCUGGCCACUGAUUUGGCUCAUCACCUGCGUAUCUUCAAAGACCUGCAGAAGAUGGCAGAAGCUGGGUAUAACCCGAAGAGCCAGACCCACCACAGCCUGCUGUUGUGCCUACUGAUGACCUCUUGUGACCUCUCGGAUCAGACCAAGGACUGGAAGACCACCAGGAAGAUUGCUGAGCUGAUCUACAAAGAGUUUUUCUCUCAGGGUGAUCUGGAGAAGGCGAUGGGGAACAGGCCCAGUGAGAUGAUGGACAGGGAGAAGGCGUACAUUCCCGAGUUACAGAUCAGCUUUAUGGAACACAUUGCAAUGCCCAUCUACAAGCUGCUGCAUGAGGUUUUCCCACGUUCGUCAGAACUCUACGAGCGCGUGGCAGCAAACCGCGAGCAGUGGACCAAAGUUUCACACAAGUUCACCAUCCGCGGUUUACCCAGCAACAACUCACUGGACUUCCUGGACGAGGAAUAUGAGCUGAUGCAGGCCCAGGGGGCAUUCGGGGACGACGGUCACCGCAUUAACGGCUGCCUGGACGACGAGUGCAGCAAGACGGACCAGUGAAAUGUUUCUGGCCUGAAACAGACAGACUUUACACCUUUGCCCCGUCUACGAGAGGACGGCGUGGUGGAUUGGGAUGUGGUCAGAUGACUGUCGAGACACUGGAGUUUUGCUGAUGGAGCUGAUAUGCUGCAGAUAAUGAUGUCAUUUCCUGCCAUUCGAACCAUUUGCGCAAGCAGAACACUUCACUAGGCGUGGGGCUGGGGGCAGAGCCUCAUGUUUUCUUGUCGAAUAUUUCAGAGAUAUGUCCUUUAAUUAUUUACUUAAUGUUUUGAUAGCUGAACAAAGCCUGAGUGUUUGAUUUUAUAUAUAUUUUCUGUCCUGCUGUAAACAUUCUAAACGCCAUCCAGAUGUAUAGAAGUGAAUUUUAGUUUCUGAAAGUUUACAGGACGUUUCUUUGAGUAAGCAUCGCUGUAGAAAUGUCAUCUUCGCAAGCUAGCUCUUUAAUUUUACACACAGGAUUCGUCUUAGUUUAACUGUAAAGACAAUCAAACCAUUAGAUCCUUUAACCAUCCUUUACUUCCCUUUUUCCAUCCUCAUGAAUGUGACUUCACAUGACGAGAGAACACUCGAGAUGAGGUGAGAAUUUAGUGAACGUCAACACACACAGACACACGAGUGUUACUAAAGCAUUCACACCAGUCACUUAACCAAGCUGACUGUCAUGAAUUUUGUCCCAGAUGGUCAAAUCUUUCUCCUCUAAAAGGCUGCUAAAAAGGUUGGCCUCAAUCCCUCAUCCUGUCACGUGACUCAGUUUCUCAGCCUCAGUUUUCAGGUAAGCUGAAAACUCCGCCCUCAUUUUUCCUGUCUAGAAUUCCCACCCCAAGCUCCUGCUGGAACAGCUUUGUUUAUGAGACGAAAAAUUUAACAUGACUUAACUUGUGUAGUUCAGCGUUUAUCAUCACGAUUUGACCCAAAGACUGCGAGUUAAACUGUGUCUGGUGAAUUUAAGGCCACUUCAGUACAAAUCUCCUGACUUCUGGGAAUGUCGCACCAGCGGAGUUCUGACUUCUUGUACAUAACGUUAUCAGAGGAAUAUUAAGGGCUACGUCGCCCUCUGAGGCACGUGAAGAGGUUUAUUUCUCAGGCGGAAAACAGAAUUACGUAUAAAUAUGGAUUUGCCUUAUCACAUAUGUGUUGCCUUUUUCAGUAGAGUUAAACACUGUAUAUAUACUCACAGUUUUAAAGCUAUACAGCUGAGUGUGUGCAGGCGUGUUAACACGGGUGUGUAAGUCUAAAGGCCCAAGGCCAGGUAGGAGUCCAGUGUCAUAAGAGUUUGAUGUUUCCUGGGAACACCGUGAGUGAGACAGGAAUACGUCCCUGAUCGAGGAUUUCAUAAAGACAGAGUGAUUAUAUUGACUGGUUUUGGGUAAACUGUCAUCUUACUCUCCUUUAUAAAAAAUAUUUAAAAACAAAAAAAAGAAAGAAAGAAAAAAGGAUCAAAUCAAAAUGAAUUCUGAAAUCUGAAAAAAAAAAAGUUCAGAAAAAAAGUCAUGAAACUCUAGUGAGCUCAUUGUUCAUUGUAUCAUUGUUCAGAUAAUUGAGUUAUAGAAUUAUUAGAUUAAAGAUAAUUAAAGGGUGCCAAGACUUUCUCACCUCCGUCAACAUGGCUGCCACCUCAGCGUUCCGGACGUGAUUUACUACUGAAACCACAAAAACCAGUCGCAUAAAUCCAUCUCUCUACACCACCAUGCACGAGCCAGACUUAUUAAAACAUCAGAAAAAUCCAUAAAAGGAGUUCAUAUUGAGUUUUAUUUCAAAAUCCAGCUCUCUCUGUUAAACACUGAUGGAAACACUGACUUGAAUUUGUAUUGUUUUACUGGUCUGAUUUUAUUUUAUGACAUUUCUUACAUAUUUUCAUGCUGUAGUUUAUCCCACACAGGACCGUGCAGCUUUUUAUUUUUAUUUUUUUAGCUUCAGCUCUGGUGUGCAAUAUGUCCUCCUGCCACAUGUAAAGAAUGUUUUUAAAUUAUUCUUUUUUAUGACAUACUUUUACUCGACAUGUUUCUGGUAUUUCUUCGUAUCUGUAGGUGGAAAUGAAUUUUUCCUUCUGUUUGUUUUUGUUUUCUUCCUCACUAACACAUGAACGUUUCUCUUGUGCCAACCCUGUCACUCUGAAAAAUAAGAAACUUUACUGUACAUAUGAAUUUAAAGAAAUGUUUCUCUAUUCUGUGUAAUUAACAGAUGUUUAAAAAAGCGAGUUAUUUUAUCUAUUUAAACAGAGCGUAUGUAACGACAGUAUUGGUGGUCUUUCUUCACUGUCAGUGGUUUUUCUUAGAUUUAGUGGCCUUCUCAACAUUUCUGCAGAAUUCAGAUUUAAAAGGUAUAAAAUGACAUUUAUAAUAGAAGUGUGAUGUUAGGGCUGCUCACGAUUUAACAAAAAAAAAAAAAAAAAAAAUCAUGUUUCAAGAAAUUGUAAAACUAGCUUCACCUUUAGCUUGGGUUAAAAAAACCCCACACUUUUUGUUCCACACUUCACCUCCAGUUAGUCCCAAAAAAACAAAAACAAAAAAAAACCCCGUGUCACUGCUGGAUUAUGGGAUGUUGUGGGAUUACUGUGGCACUGGUGAUUGUUUUAUUCCUGUUCUGUACUGAAGUGCUUUGCUGGUCGUGGCCUCGAGUGAACACUGUGUACAUAAUGUACAGCUUAGACUGUCUCUCUGAAACAGAGAAAAGGCCAGUUACAGUUAUCAUAAAUAUAUGAAUAUAAAAACUGCAGUGAAUUUUUCCCAAAUAAAUGUCCUAAAAAUGA